GGGGAGCGGCGCGCGCGUGAGGCGGCGCGCGGCCUGGCGGUUGCGGGGCGCGGGAGGCGCCGCCGCCGCCAUCAUCGUCAUCAUCAUCAUCAUGUACCACAGUAGCACGCAGCGCCGGCACUGGACCUUCCGCAGCGAGGAGGAGCUGGCGCGCUGCCGGGCCGACGCGAACCGCAAGUUCCGCGGCAAAGCGGUGGCGGGCGGAAAGGUUCAGCAGACUGACCCUUUCCUUCUUGAGCCACAUGAGGAGCUGACGAUAUGCAAAUACUACGAAAAAAGAUUACUGGAUUUCUGUGCUGUCUUUAAGCCUUCAAUGCCUAGAUCUGUAGUGGGAACAGCUUGUAUGUAUUUCAAACGCUUUUACCUCAAUAACUCAGUGAUGGAGUAUCAUCCUCGGAUAAUAAUGCUAACAUGUGCAUUUUUGGCAUGUAAAGUAGAUGAAUUUAAUGUAUCCAGUGCACAGUUUGUUGGCAACCUUCGUGAAAGCCCUCUUGGACAGGAAAAAGCUCUUGAACAGAUACUGGAAUAUGAACUAUUACUUAUUCAGCAGCUGAACUUCCAUCUUAUUGUGCACAAUCCAUACAGACCAUUUGAGGGAUUUUUAAUUGAUUUGAAGACUCGUUAUCCAAUGCUGGAGAAUCCUGAAGUUUUGAGGAAAACAGCCGAUGACUUUCUCAGUCGGGUAGCUCUGACAGAUGCAUAUCUGCUCUUUACUCCCUCACAGAUAGCUCUCACUGCUAUAUUAUCUAGUGCUUCAAGAGCGGGAAUUAACAUGGAAAGUUAUUUAUCAGAAAGUCUUAUGCUGAAAGAAAACAGAACAUCCUUAGCCAAGCUACUGGAUGGCAUGAAAUGCAUGAAAAAUCUCAUAAAGAAAUAUGAACUACCAAAGCCUGAAGAAGUUGCUGCUCUAAAACAGAAAUUGGAGAAAUGUCACAGCUCAGAGCUUUCACUUAAUAUAAACCCGAAGAAGAGGAAAGGUUAUGAAGAUGACGAGUAUAUAGCAAAGAAAUCUAAAAUGGAUGAGGAAGAAUGGACAGAUGAUGAUCUUGUGGAUUCACUGUAAACCCUGAAGGAAGAUGAUAUUCUGCAUGGUAUUCUAACACUGCAGUUCCAGGUGCCAGGACCUGCUCAGGCUACCUGCUGUUCAGUAUCUGCUGUUAGCAGAACUCCAAGGCUACUACAGGUUCCUUACUUGAUUUUGGGAGGUAUUUGUUCUCUCUGUUUUAAUCUCUGUCUUUACAAUAAAGUGUAUGACUUUUUUUAGUGCAA